GGGCCCAAUGGAGGCCGGGCCCACGCAGGACCGGGACGACAAGGACGGGCGGGACUGAGGGGAAGGUGGCCUUCUUCCCACACGAAUCCCCUCGGCUUGACGGGGGGACGCGGCCCCGAAGGCGGACGACGAGGCAGGGAGGAAGUUUGGGCUGUGGAGGGCAUUGCCAAGGGAUGUGCUUGACCUCUGACCUCUGACCUCUGACCCGACGAGGAGCCAUCGGCCCGGCCUUGUGGGCCCAUCCCCUCCCCGAUGGGAAGCGGCUAAAUCCCGCCGGCUUCCAGGGAAAAACCCGCCCCUCAUCCCGAAGACCUGCGGGGGGGAAAAGCCUGCCAAAGGACCGGUUCACCUGGGCCGCCGUUUCCGGUCACUUGCUGAACAACUUUGGCGUCGAAAGUCUGAACAACUUUCUAAAGUCUGAACAACUUCGGCGUCUAAAGUUCCGUUUUUUGUUUUUUUUUUUUAAAAAAAGAAGGGAGGAAAAAAGGAGAUCCAACUUGAAGCUGCAGUCCAGGGAAAGGAACUUCCUCCGCCGGAGUUGUUUUAACACUUUGGCUGGGACUUUUGGGGCGCCUUUUUGUGGAUGCGUGUGUGGAGAGGCGGGGUGUCUGGGCCUGGGCAAAGAUGCCUGUCAGGAAACAAGAUACACAACGAGCUUUGCACCUACUGGAGGAAUACCGGUCCAAACUGAGCCAAACAGAGGACAGGCAGCUCAGAAAUUCAAUAGAGCGUGUCAUCAGUAUCUUCCAGAGCAAUCUCUUUCAGGCUUUAAUAGAUAUUCAAGAAUUUUAUGAAGUGACCUUAUUGGAUAAUCCGAAAUGUAUUGACCAUUCAAAGCCAUCUGAACCACUUGAACCUGUGAAUACCUGGGAGUUUUCCAGCCUUCCAAGCACUACAGUAACUUCAGAUACAGUGCCAAGCAGCCUUAGCCCCGGUGUAGAGAAAUACAAAUACCAGGAUGAAGAUACACCUCCACAGGAGCAUAGUACCCCCCACAUUUCCAAUGAGGUUACAGGUCCUGAACUGGUUCACAUCUCUGAGAAGAACCUGUCAGAAAUCGAAAACGUCCACGGAUUUGUUUCCCACUCUCAUAUUUCACCGUUGAAGCCAACAGAAGCUGUUCCUCCCUCUCCUCCCAUUGUCCCUGUGAUCCCUGUCCUGCCAGCCCCUGCUGAGAAUACUGUCAUCCCACCCACCACAGCACAGGCAAAUCCUCCUCCAGUUUUGGUGAAUACUGACAGUUUGGAGACUCCAGCAUAUGUCAAUGGCACCGACGCAGAUUAUGAAUAUGAAGAAAUCACACUUGAACGGGGAAAUUCAGGGCUGGGUUUUAGCAUUGCAGGUGGCACAGACAACCCCCACAUUGGAGAUGAUUCAAGUAUUUUCAUUACGAAAAUCAUUGCCGGCGGAGCAGCUGCACAGGAUGGAAGAUUACGGGUUAAUGAUUGUAUAUUACGAGUAAACGAAGUUGAUGUCCGGGAUGUGACACAUAGCAAAGCGGUUGAAGCUUUGAAAGAAGCAGGAUCUAUUGUGCGGUUGUAUGUCAAAAGACGGAAACCAGUCACAGAAAAGAUAAUGGAGAUAAAGCUCGUAAAAGGUCCUAAAGGACUUGGAUUCAGUAUAGCUGGAGGAGUUGGAAAUCAGCAUAUUCCUGGGGAUAAUAGCAUCUACGUGACCAAAAUUAUCGAAGGGGGGGCCGCGCAUAAAGAUGGCAAACUUCAGAUUGGAGACAAACUUCUAGCCGUUAACAGCGUCUGCUUAGAAGAAGUUACUCAUGAAGAAGCAGUAACUGCUUUAAAAAACACAUCUGACUUUGUUUAUCUGAAAGUGGCUAAGCCCACAACCAUAUACAUGAAUGAUAGUUAUGCCCCACCAGAUAUCACCAAUUCUUAUUCUCAGGCCGUGGAUAACCAUGUCAGUCCGUCUACCUACUUGGGGCAAACACCAACAUCACCAUCCAGAUAUUCCCCAGUUUCCAAAGGGAUGCUUGGAGAUGAUGAAAUUACCAGGGAACCUCGAAAAGUUGUCCUCCACCGUGGAUCGACAGGCCUCGGUUUUAACAUUGUAGGAGGAGAAGACGGAGAAGGGAUUUUUAUUUCUUUUAUCCUAGCUGGAGGCCCAGCUGACCUCAGCGGAGAGCUAAGGAAAGGAGAUCGAAUUAUAUCGGUAAAUAGUGUUGACCUGAGAUCUGCCACACAUGAACAAGCAGCAGCGGCUUUAAAGAACGCAGGGCAAGCCGUCACCAUCGUUGCACAGUAUCGUCCUGAAGAAUACAGUCGUUUUGAAGCAAAAAUACAUGAUUUACGAGAGCAGAUGAUGAACAGUAGCAUCAGUUCAGGAUCAGGAUCUCUACGAACUAGCCAGAAGCGAUCUCUCUAUGUCAGAGCGCUUUUCGACUAUGACAAGACUAAAGACAGCGGCCUUCCCAGUCAGGGCUUGAACUUUAGAUUCGGGGACAUCCUUCACGUCAUCAAUGCUUCUGACGAUGAAUGGUGGCAAGCCAGGCAGGUUACUCCAGAUGGUGAAAGUGAUGAAGUUGGAGUCAUUCCGAGCAAACGCAGGGUUGAGAAGAAAGAACGGGCACGAUUAAAAACGGUGAAAUUCAAUUCCAAAACAAGAGGAGAUAAAGGGCAGUCAUUCAAUGACAAGCGUAAAAAGAACCUCUUUUCCCGAAAAUUUCCCUUCUACAAGAACAAGGACCAGAGUGAGCAGGAAACCAGUGAUGUUGACCAGCAUAUAACUUCUAAUGCCAGCGAUAGUGAAAGUAGUUACCGUGGUCAAGAAGAAUAUGUCUUGUCUUAUGAACCUGUGAAUCAGCAAGAAGUUAGUUAUACCCGACCAGUGAUCAUUUUGGGACCCAUGAAAGACCGAAUAAAUGACGAUCUGAUUUCCGAGUUUCCAGACAAAUUUGGUUCGUGCGUUCCACACACAACUAGACCAAAACGAGAUUAUGAGGUAGAUGGACGGGAUUAUCAUUUUGUCACCUCCCGCGAGCAGAUGGAGAAAGAUAUCCAGGAUCACAAGUUCAUAGAAGCCGGCCAGUACAACAAUCAUCUCUAUGGGACAAGCGUUCAGUCUGUGCGAGAAGUAGCAGAAAAGGGUAAACAUUGCAUUCUCGAUGUGUCUGGGAAUGCCAUCAAGAGGUUGCAGAUUGCCCAGCUGUAUCCAAUCUCCGUUUUUAUUAAACCGAAAUCAGUGGAAAACAUUAUGGAAAUGAAUAAACGUCUACAAGAGGAACAAGCCAGGAAAACGUUUGAAAGAGCCAUGAAACUGGAACAAGAAUUUACUGAACAUUUCACAGCUAUUGUACAGGGCGACACGCUGGAAGAAAUUUACAACCAAGUGAAGCAGAUCAUAGAAGAGCAGUCUGGCUCUUACAUCUGGGUCCCAGCCAAGGAGAAGUUAUGAGGACGGACGCCGUUUUUUCUCGACUUUUCCCGAUGCCAUUUACUUCGUUUGGUACCUCUUAUGCUCCCUUACCCCCGGGGUCUGCCUUCAGCGCACACAUCGCGUCGGGUCACCCGUCCAUCACGUUCUGCAGUCCCCCUCAUCUCUAGCAUCUGGUAUCCCUUUGAGUUCGAUCAUCUCCGUCAUCGUGCGUCACCGUUGGUUUGUUGCCAUUUUUCCCAAAAUGAAGGUGGAAUGGCCUGGCCAGCUAUUAAGGGCAUGCGGGGGGGGGGGUGGGGGGAAUUGUGGAAAAUUCCUUAAUGUUUAAGGGAAAGUAACUUUCAGAGAUUUCCAGAAAAGCUUUAUAUGAACCUUCUUUUAAAAUUUCAUAACAAAAGUGGUCUUACUCAGUUAUUUAGUAAUUUAUGAGCAACUUUGCACGCUUGACUUUAAUAGCAUGGUUUGGCCAACGUAGAUUGCAAGUUUUGGUUUUUCCUGAAUUCUCUUGUCACAUCCGAUACGUUCCGUUGCAGGCAGUGAAGGAAAAUCUUUAGUUUUUUAUUUCGAAAUUAACAUCUGGAGUAACGUUCAUAAUUUCACGAGGGAUAUUCAUUUUCAUAAGGAUUAUUCUUAUAGUCUAUUUUUUCAUAUUUUUUGCCAAUACAGUUGGCUAGGAAUAAUGAUAUUACAUGUUUUUAAUCCUGCUCACGCAGCACUAUUUACAAUGUCUUACAAAGUUGUUUAUAGAUAAUCAUCACAUUUUCUGAACUGAGGCCGUCUUUAGGUGCUAAGAGAAAUCACCUUUUACACGUAAGGAUAACAAAAUUUCAUAGGCAAAAAAACAGACAUCACGGGUAGUGAUGCAGUGAUCAUUAUGGCAGAUGGAAAAGGAGUGUGAUUCAUAGCCUGAAACUCCAAGUGUAUUCUUAGGGGUCAGAUUUUAAUGAGUAUUUUACCCACAAUAACUGCCUAUUUUGUUAUAAUAAGAUAUAUAUUAAACUUUCUUUAACUAAACUCUGUAACUGUGGGAAUUAUUUUCUUUACAUAGUUGCACACACAAACACACACACAUAUAUAUAUAUACAUAUAUAUAUAUAUAAAAUAUAUAUUUUUCUUUUACCACCUACUCCUAACUUUUUGUUUUGUUUUGAGAAUAAAUAUAAAUUAGAAUUUAUCUUAAUCGUAUGAAAUGCAAUGGGGUCUGGUGACUGGAUAAAAACCAUUCGGGGCAAAGGAGCUGCAAGAAAACGUUUGGGCAGGUUCUCCUCUUUUCUGCAAAUAAUUUCAAAAUGUUUUCUUUGGUCCCUUCCCUUGCCCUCAUUCUCUUCUCCCUAUACCAAAUAGACCGGUCAGGGGCAAAACUCCAUUUUUUGUGUACAUUUUCACCUCUAGACUGUAUGCGUCUCAUAUCUUAGGUGCUCUGCACUGGAGUUGCACAGGUCUGGUGCUGAGCAGUUCAAAGCAGUUGAGCAAAAUGUUAGAACCGUCUUCAGGCGUACAUUUCUCCGGUCCUAAUAUUGUUGGUAUUUUGCCCACUGCUUAUUUGGAAUUGAUUGUUUAUUGAAGGCAUGUUUCGACAGCCUCCUCCCAACUGUUGAUAAACCAAAUCAACAAGACUUGUCCCAUGUUGUCCAUUCCGUUUGUCAGAAAGGGGAGAACAGCUAAUAAACUUUAUCGUAUGACAUA